UUAUCGAUACUUUGUUUUGGUACAUUUUUUAAUAAAAACAAAGAAAGUUUUUAACGAAUUUAAUAAAAAAAAACGCUAAAAAUGAACAACCUGGACAGUUCAUUGCAGGCGCACAACAAGUUGGAAAAGGAAACCACCAAUUUGGCUCUGCUAAAAGACCGAGUGGAUAAAUACCAUGAUCUGUCUACCCAAAUGUCCAGUAUUCUCACCGUAUUCGAAAAACGGCUGGGUAAUCUCGAGCAGACUAUAUUACCCGUCUACCAGGAGACGGAGCAACUUCAGAAAAGGCAGCAAAAUCUGGAGGCCACUCUGAAUUGCCUGGAAAGUGUGCUAUCCCACUACGAUGUCUCCCAGGAGGUGUGUCAGUUAAUCCAUCAAGGACCUAUUGAAGGAAACAUUUCAGUGUUCCUGGAUGCACUGGCGAAACUACGAGCUGCCAUGGACUACUUCCUACACAAUAACUCCCAGAGCGUUGAGCUGGAGAACGUGACGAGCCUUUUCAAUACCGGAUGCGAGGGUCUCAACCAGCACUACAGCAUGCUACUGAAGAAGCACAGCGCUCCAUUGAAGCCUGUGGAGCUACUGGAUCUAAUCUACAUAGAGGAUGACUCAAGCGAUGAGUACACCUCCUUCCGGCAGCUGUCCCAAACCACCAGAGAGGAACUGUAUACAAUUUCGCACUGGUUGGAGCAGAAUCUGAGGGAAUAUACUCACAUCUAUGCUACGGAACGGGGCGAUGUGGUUCUCCGAUCUUUGCAGCUUCUAAAGGACCAUCAGAAGAGCAACAGUUGGGGGCAUGAAGCAUUGCGACCUCGCCACAGUGGACGCCAACCCGAACCCAAAAAGAACACCUCUGCCCGCCUCCAGCAAAUCUUCGAAAAGAAGGCCAAUAAAUUAUAUCUACGCGCCACACAGACUAUCGAACAGUCCACUGGGUUCUCCAUUAAAAAGGCCUCUUCACAUAGCGAUCAUCUGACUUCAGAAGAUCUGCUGGAUGGGGAUCAGGAGCUGGACAAGUACCUGGUAAUGCUCUUGGGACUCCAAAGACUGCUCAACUGGGAGAGAGCCAUCAUGCACGAUAUUAUACCACAGUCCAAACAUAACGAAGUAUUCGCCAAACUGGCAUCCAAUGCCAUCGAGCUGGUGGUCAAGGAUGCGGAGGCCAUCACACAACGUGUUCUGCGCUGCAUUUCCCGCAAGGAGUGGACCUCGGCGUUGGGUAUAUUCUCGGCACUGAAGCGGGUGAUACUUCUGCAGCCGGACAUCGAACGUACCUAUGAUCCAGCACAAAGGGAGCAACUUACCAAGGUAUUGAAUAAGCUCCAGCACACGGGCGCCAAGGCCUUGGAGCAUUUUCUGGAUGUUGUCAAGGGAGAGUCGAGCACAAACAUUGUUGGCCAAAGUAACGUACCCAAGGAUGCUACCGUUCAUGAACUAACAUCAAAUACCAUUUGGUUCAUUGAGCAUCUCUAUGAGCACUUUGAUGUUAUUGGAUCAAUUCUAACGCAGGAUGUGUUGUAUUCCACGCAACUGGAUACCAUUCUGAUGAAGAAGGCAUUACCUGCCGAGGAACGUAAUAAGGCUCUGCUAGCUAUCUAUAUAAAAAAAGCCUUGGCGGAGCUGAAUCUUUCGAUCAUGAACAAGUGCGAGCAGUACAACGACCAGGCCACAAAGCAUCUAUUCCGCCUGAACAACAUCCACUACAUAUUAAAGUCACUCCAACGAUCGAACCUAAUAGACUUGGUCACCUUGGCGGAGCCGGAGUGCGAGCAUAGCUAUCUGGAAAUGAUCCGUGAGCUGAAAGCCAGCUAUCAAAAGACAUGGUCUAAAAUGCUUCUUGGAAUCUAUUCUUUGGAUGAGUUACCCAAACCAGUGGCUGGAAAGGUCAAGGAUAAAGAUCGCAGUGUCCUUAAAGAGAGAUUUUCGAACUUUAACAAAGACUUCGAGGAGGCCUGCAAAAUCCAAAGGGGCAUCUCCAUACCCGAUGUCAUCCUUCGCGAAGGCAUCAAACGUGAUAAUGCAGAACACAUAUUGCCAAAGUACAAUAGGUUCUAUGAAAUAUAUUCUAGUGUCCAGUUCAGCAAGAAUCCCGAUAAGUACGUCAAGUAUCGACCCCACGAGAUUAAUGCUAUGCUAAGCAAGCUUUUCGAUGACUCUGCCUAG